AUGAGUUCAAAAAGCGUUGGAGCUAAACCGACUGAUAGAUACAAUAUAAUUUACAUUGUCUUCAUUAUCCUGGGAACCGCUAGUACCUUGCCCGUGCAUAUUUUUUAUACCGCAUCUUCGUACUAUAAGGCCAAGCUAAAAGGAACACGAUAUGAGCAUGUCAUUGAGAACUAUUUGAUGUUGGCUUACAGUUUACCUACCUUAUUUAUGGGGGUUAUCAAUCUUAUGCUACUGCGAUCAUUUGAUGUCAGAAAACGACUAGCCUUUUCAGUAAUCAUGCUUAUAAUCUUUUUCACAGCUACGGCUAUAUUGGCAAAAUUAGAUACAACCAAAUGGAAAAUGACAUUUUUUAUAUUAAGCCUAACAAUUAUCUCCUUGAACAGCGUGUUUGGAAGUACUAUAUAUCAAGGAAGCUUAUUUGGAUUAGCUAGUAUUUUUCCAAAGGAAUAUGCACAAGCGCUGAUCACUGGUCAAGCUUUAGCUGGUGUUUUUACAGCAAUUGUCAACAUAUUAUCAUUAAUCGCUAGCCAUUCUGCAAGCCAUAGUGGUGUUGCCUACUUUAUCUGUGGAAUAAUUUUACUAUUGGUAUCCUUAAUAAUUCAAUUAUUACUGAAAAAGAAUGCUUUUGCAAGAUAUUAUAUGGAACUAAAUUUAGAAUAUGAUACCUAUCAGAGGAAAAAACUGUUAAGCCAUGAAGACGAAUUUAGUGAAACCGAUGAAGAACAUGAACGUGUUCCAAAUGAGGAUAGCCGAAUAUAUCGUAUUAAGCACAUUAUAAACAAGCUUUCAAUCCUAUCACCAGUGGAUGGUUGA